CUCCCCAAAUCAAGAUCCUCAAUUUAUUUCCUCAUCUUUCUUCUCAAACCAAACCAAAUGAAGAACACUAUCAGAUGUUGCAUAUCAUGCAUUCUCCCAUGUGGAUCCCUAGACGUGAUCAGAAUCGUUCAUUCAAACGGUAAAGUUGAAGAAAUAACCGGCAAUCAUGUCCGGGCAGCCGACAUAAUCAAAUCCUACCCCAACCACGUGCUCAAAAAACCUAAUUCUUCAUCGUCCGAUCAAAUCGAUGUUUGUGGGACCCAACCGAAGAUUGUAAUCGUCCCACCCGCCGCCGAGCUCCGGCGAGGAAACAUAUACUUUCUAAUUCCGGUACCGCCGGUUGUCUCUGAAAAGACAGCUCCUCGCCGGACUACGACGAGGAAGAAGAAGAAAAAAGCCGCCGGUGAUCAAAACAAUACCGGUUCAUGUGAUGUAUCGACGGCGGACCGGUAUUUGACCGAUAUUACGUCGGAGAAACUCUCUGUUAAACGAAGGGGACGUGCCGGCGUUUGGAGGCCUCAUUUGGAAAGCAUAACGGAGACGGCGACUGAUAUAUGUUGAAGGGUUUUUAUUAAGUUUUUUUUUUUAUCUUUCUUGAUUGUGUUUUUGUUUUUAUUUUGUCAUAAAUAAAUAAAUAGUGUUUUUUUAGUUAUA